AUGGCAAUCCAACAGAUGGGGAGCGGGGGCCAGGCAGCAGCCGAGCCGUUUGAACAGAGAAGGGAAGGCCAGUGCGAGGACAGGAAGCAGACCCUGCUGGCCUUGUUGAUCUUGGUGCUGUACCUGGGCACAGGGAUAUCAGGGAGCAGACCCGAGGUGUCAGAAAGGAUUAAGGACUGCACCUACCCGCAGAACCCCGUGGCAUCCCAGGCAUUUGACUAUCAGAUCAAUGGCCCUGCAGAAGGAGCGCUAAGAGCCCUCAGGAGCUGGUUGAAAAUGAGCCUGCACGUUUUCUUGGAGAAGCUAGAGGAGGAAGUGCGGGAGCUGGAGCGGCUUGUGAGGGACCUGGAGUUCUGGCUGGAUACUCUUCUGGGAGAGCCACAUCCAGAGGAAGCCUGCUUCACUCACAAAACCCACCUGUGA